AUGAAUAUUGAACCAGCUAAGAAGUGGGUGAAUUUUUUCAACUCUAAUAGGAUGUCAACUAAAGGAAUGAGCCUGAGCUACAUUAAUCCAGUAAUAAGGAAUGGAGAACAGGUCAUUGAAUUGAAGAAAGAAGAAGUAGAUAAAGCAACAGUAGAAUGGAAGCAAGCUCUUAUCCUUUAUGUGGUAGGGGAAUCACCAACAAUUGCUGCAAUUGAGAGGUAUAUUGCACUGCAGGUGAAUACAGUUAGUAAACCUAAAGUGUAUUACCAUAAUGAUGGCUACUUCUUAGUUAGGUUUGCUUGCUUGGAUGACAGGAAUGAAGUGUUGUAUUCUGGUCCUCAUAUGCUUAAUAAUAAACCCAUUAUAGUUAAAGAUUGGAGUGCUGAUUUUAACUUCAAUAAGGAGGUGUUGCAGACGGUGCCAAUUUGGGUGAAAUACCCCAACCUACCGUUGAACUGCUGGAGUAUGGAUUCGCUAAGUAGAAUUAGUAGUGGGCUAGGGGUUCCAUUAUAUGCUGAUGAAUGCACUACUAAGGUUGAGAGGAUUACUUUUGCAAGAGUGCUAGUUGAAAUGGAUGUAGCAAGGGAAUUGCCAAAGAAACUCAAGGUGGAAGAUCCAAAUGGGAGAGUGUUUGAACAAGAGGUGAAGUAUGAAUGGAUUCCAGCAUAUUGUCCUAAAUAUAUGCAGGUAGGACACAAAUGUACUACAAAUGAGGGUACUCGUAAAGUAGCUCCUAAGUUGGUCAAUAAAUGGGUUGAGAAGCAAAAUACUACUAAUGGGACAACAGUCCCACAAGUAAUAAAUGAAGGAAAAGAUAAAGGGAAGGAACAAGUAAGUGAGGAGGCAGCAACAUGGCAACAAGUAUCUCCAAGAAUAAUAGCUAGAGGAAGCUCAGAUACACAGACAAAUGCACUAGAUAUGAGGAUGACAAAUGGAUUUGGAGCAUUAGUUAGUAUGGAACAGGGUUCAAUAAGUGUAAAAGAUGAUAAUGCUGGUGGAGGAGAAGGGUAUGGAGGAAGGUUAAUAGAAAUGGUUACAUGA